AUGAUAUCGCCCAUUGCUGUCUGUGAGUACUCGAAGGCGGAGGAUAGUCUGCGGCGUGGGUACGCCAGGCUGUCGCGUGUAGUCAGGCCGGAGAUAGUAGAACUCACAGCCAAAGGCAAUACGAUUUUCAUAGGCUUUGCCUUCUUGGAACGUGGAAAAAGUCCGCAAAUAAGGGCUGUUUACGGGGAUGGACCGAGUGAACCAGAAGUGUACACUGAUCGAUCUGAUUGGUAUAAUUUUGAUGCUUCCGAUUACAUUAAUUAUUUCGAUAAACCAGAAGAUAUUCUUAUGAGGGUGAUCAGAUCGGAAUUAAGGAAAGCACUGCAAGCGUUUCUGAAGGUCCCGGGGAUACCCGAUGCUCUUCUUGAAUUUUGUCUGGAAAAGAAUGAGAGAUCAACUCUUGAAAUACCUUGCCGGUCGAAACUUUGUAUACACCUCACCAUAGACGACUUCCAAAUCUCGUAUGAUAUAGGACCAGGAAAUAAAGUUGCUAUGAAAAUUAUGAACAUGAAUAAUGUUGAGAUGCCACAAUUUAUAAAGGCACUAUCAUUGACAGAGUUGAGCGAUGUAGAAGUUUUCGCAAAACACCAGAUUGGCAGCAUGAUGGAUGCUGUGCACUUGACUGAUGAAGUGAUACAGCGCGUGCUAGUUGCCUAUGCACCUGUGAAGCUUUCGGAGAAGUUUCCGUCUGCCGAGUGCUUAGGAGUGAGAAGUUCCUUCAAAAGUGAGCUUGCAGGUUCUGAUCUCAGCUAG